AUGGAUUCAGAUUCAGAUACGAGCUCGCUAUCCUCCGCUCCCGAGGAGGAGAUCAAGAAGCUUGCGCCGAUUUUCGUACGCGCAAAAAAGGCCACGAAACUGGUCGCACCUCCCCCACCAGUCUCACCUCCUCGACCCAAGAGACCACCAUCUCCUCCUCAUGAAGAAGUCCUGGCAGACAACCCCGACAUCGCCUUCAUUGUAAUGUUUCGAUCGCGGUUCGCAGAAGCAUUCCCUGGCAAGCUUGCCCAUUUCGGGCCCCAAGACCUCGAAUUCGGUGUUGUCGACUCACAUCCGAGCCCUCAGGUAGAGAAUCUACUCUGUGCCCUGCUAGCUCUGCUAUUGAACAGAAAGAAACCGAUCGAACGAGGACAUCACGGGCGAGCACUAGAAGAGGCGGUCGCUUCGCAUAAGUCGCAAUGGCCACACAAAUGGGCUGCCCAGAACCCUCUUCACGGCGGCAAGGACUUUUACAACAUGACGCCAUCGCAAAGGCUCGAUUUACUACGCACCCUCAUACUUUGGGCGCUCACGUCGUCCGACGCAAUAUCCACAAUCAUGAAAGAUCGCUACAAACAGAACCGACAUGCCGAUGACGAGAAUCAGCCUCUUUCAGUACAACCGUGGGGCAAUGAUGGAGACAAGAGACGGUACUUUCUGAUACAAGGAUUGGAUGACACUGGCUUCAGAGUCUAUCGCGAGGGCAACCGCUACACAAAGAAUGCACAUUGGUGGAGCGUUGCAGGAAACAUCCAAGAGGUGAAAGAUCUCGCCGAAAAGCUGGAAAAGCAGGAUGGCACUCAAGCUGCACGACGAUUGGCUAUGAAAAUGUCCAAUGCGAUUCCCAUGUUCGAAGCUACAGAAGAGGUGAAAUACAGAGUGCCUAUUGGAGUGGUUAAACGGCAUCGCCGCGAGUACAGGCAGCAACGACGAGCAGCUUUCGCACGUCCCGAGCAGGGCUUCGGUAUCUACGAAGGUCGUACCCGUGGAAAACGUAUGCGCUACACCUACGAUGAAGAUGAGGACGAUACAUCAGACGCUGGUUCUGGGAGAUUAGCAGGCAGACAGCAGUCCGCUCGUAGCAACUCUGCCGAAGCGGGGCCAACCAUCACUGCUAGUGGGCGACAAAUACGCAAACCGAGGACCGGAGAUUACGGCGAGGGGCUGCUCAGUGGCAAUGUUCAAGAUGUCAAUGGAGACGCGGACGGGCGUGAUGUUGGCGCAGAUUCAAAUUCCCGUGCAAGGCGAUCAGGUCGUAGCGCCACAAACGGCGAACACCACGCCGACGGCAGAGGAUACCAGGAUAAUGAUGAAGUCGCCAGCGCCGACGAAUGGGACAGUGACAAGGACGAUGGCGAUGAUGAGCGUAUGCCCGACGCCGACGACGACAAAGAAUUCCAGGCUGAUGCAGAGGACGAUGACGAUGACGAGGAGGACGAAUUGGCAAACGACGAUGAAGGCCAGCCGGAAGAACUCAGCAGUCUUGUCGUGAAACUCCGAAUCCCGGGAAGCGGUACCGCCACAACCGAUGAAACUCCGCCGACGAGCCCGCACGUUCCGUCGGAAGCUGCUGCAUGUCAACCCCAAGCAGAUUCAACAAAGCGACUCGAAGCGGACGGAGUGAUGCCUAGUGCAACGCUAGCAUCAAAUGCCAAUCGUGUAUCUGAGGAUCAGAAGCAGGUCGUCACGACGGGACUGUAA